UCCAAAGAGCUGGCAAAAAUCAAAAAUGGCGCCCAGCUCGAAAUCAGAGAAAGAUGACAACAAACAAAAACAACAGAAAAAACACAAAGAUCACGUCGUCAAACUGCUCACGCGCGGGCGGUUGAAUGGGCAUCUCUCUCAGCGGCUCUUCCGGAAGCUUCCUCCGCGCGUCUGCGUCCCGCUGAAGACCAUCGUCAGCGAGGAGUUCCUCAGAGCAGGGCACAUCUUCCUGGGCUUCACCAAAUGCGGUCGGUACGUGUUGUCCUACACCAGCGACUGCGGAGAGGAUGACGAUUUCUCCUUCUACACGUAUCACCUGUACUGGUGGGAGUUCAAUCUGCAUAGCCGCCUCAAACAGGUGCAUCACGUGCGUUUGUUUGCGGGUGAGGACAUCUACAGCGAUCUCUAUCUCACCGUAUGCGAGUGGCACAAUGAUCAUUCCAAGCUGGUCGUCUUUGGCUUUAACACGCGCAGCUCCAGUUCGGCCCUGAUGAACAUGAUGAUGAGCGACGAGAACAACAGGGACAUCUACAUCACCAUCACCUCGAUGCCCCCCGCGCAGCCGUGCAAGCAGUGCUGCCCCGCGUCCCCCGCGUCCACCAUACGAACAGGUGGCGAGUGUCUGCAGCACGGCUACGUCCUGAACGCGCGCUAUCAGGUGGUGUACCCGUUCCCCACGUUCCAGCCGGCGCUGCAGCUGAAGAAGGACCAGGUGAUUCUGCUCAACACCAGCUACUCUCUGGUGGCCUGCGCCAUCUCCCUCUGCUCAGGAGACGGGCAGCAGGAUGGACAAACCAAUCAGAUCCUCUACCAUAAGAGAGAUGCUUCGUCCUCUUCUCCUCCCGCCGGACCUACGUCGCCUUCCUCCUCCUCCUCCUCCGCCUCAUCUCAGGGGUCACCUGACCUCAGACAGUUAAAGCCCCAUUUCGCCCCGCUCUCCUCCAGCCAAUCGCAGGCGGCCGUGCGGGCCCGAGAGUUCGCCGCCGACAUUUUCCGCCGAGCUCAGGCCGGAGCGAGGGAGCACGACAGAAAAGCCAAGGAGAAGGAAGAGACGGACGCCCAGCGAGUCCACGGCGAGGAAGAGAAACAGGAGCGAGACGCGGAGGUCCCUGGACCCUCGUCGUCCUCCUCGGGACGGAGUUCGGUGCGGGCCGCGGAGGCAGUGGACGGUGCCGCGUGUAGCGCGGUCAGGUCUCCUGGAUCCACCUCCUCCGUGUCCUCUCUGUCUCCACAUGCUCAUGAGCCUUCAUCCUCCUCUUCCUCCUCAGAGCCUGCUUACGUCAACUACACCACUCUCAGAUACAGACUACCGCAGGGCAGAGCGUCAGAGCAGCCGAGCGGUGAUGAGGAUGAUAAAGUCCUGCUUCCUUUCACCGUGACGGAUCUGAAGGGACGAAACCUGCAGCUGGUGACGGGACAGUUCAGCGGUCAGUGCGUGUGCAUCGAGCAGCUGACGCUGGACUUCGAGUAUCUCAUCAACGAGGUGAUCAGGAACGACGCUGACUGGGGCUCCCAGUUCUGCUCCUUCAGCGACUACGACGUCGUCAUCCUCGAGGUUUGCCCGGAGACCAAUAUAGUGGUGAUAAACAUCGGGCUGCUGCUGCUGGCGUUCUCUAACUGUGAGGAUGAGCACUGCAGGCCCAAGUCGUAUCACUCCAGCCUGCAGGUCAGUUGGGAUUUGAACACCGGUGCGUGUCGCACAGUCGGCGUCGGCGACCUCACCGAGGUCAAAGGUCAGACCAGUGGAAGCGUGUGGAGCUCCUACAGGAAGUCGUGCGUGAACACUGUCAUGCGGUGGCUCGUCCCCGAGAGCAGCUCGCGCUACAUCAACCGCAUGACCAACGAGGCUCUGCAUAAAGGUUCUUCUCUUCAGGUGUUGGCUGAUAAUGACAGAGGCACCUGGAUCGUCCUGUGAGAGAGAUGUCACACACACACACACUCUCUGCUGCUCUUUAGUGUAUCCGUGUGAUUGUGUGUGAGAUGCGGAUCAUUCAGGGACACGAAGCAGAUCCACGGUGCUCCGCUCCACCUGUACUCCGACAGCACCGGACACUCUGGGAACAUUUUUCGAAACACGUCAGCGAUCGCCAUCCCAGUACACAACAGGACUGAACGUCUGUCUCUGUUAAACUUGCACACUUAUACACACUUGUUUUGAUGUUGGUGUAAUGGACUGAAGUAGUUGUUUUUCUGUUUGAAAUGCCCUGUAAUUGUAAAGCGCAGGACAGAAAUAAGACCUAGCUUUGGGGCUCAUCUGUAUUUGUUUGCUCGAUUUUGUUUUAGGAUGCAGUUGUUUACAUGGUUUAGUCCGAGUCAUCAGCCAAUCAGAAGCUGUCGACCCCUCCUGCCCUUUUUUAAUACUAGUUGUGGCCUCACAGCUGGACUGGAUGAGAAUAUUGUUUUUAUGCAACGUCGUUUUACUUUAUUUUUGAUAAAAAUUAAAUAUUCCUUGAGUACA